AUGCCUAGGUGUGGACCUGAGAAACUGCAGACUAGUGAACAUAUUUUGGCCAAGAUGAACGAGUCUAGAAAAUAUCGAGCACUGUAUGCCUUCAAGUCGCACAAUGUGAAUGAACUGAGCCUCGAACUGAAUGACAUAUUGGAAGCAUACCCGCCUUUUCCAGACUUGGAAAGUUUGGAGGCUGAGCCUGCAGGAGGAUGUUAUUUGAAGGGAAGAAACCAAAGAACUGGAGACAUUGGCUAUUUCCCUGUGUCUCAUGUGGAAUGGAUAAAAGAUGAGACUUGCUCACAAAUGCCAACAACUCCCCGGAAGCCAAGCUUGCCUAGUGAUGUCAUUGAAAGUAAUGACUCUGGUUAUGGAGGAUCACCACGUGAAGCCAUGGAGCAAGGUCGAGCUGAGCUCAGGAUGAAUUUCUACGUAUCUGGGUCGUGA